AGAUGGCGGACUUGGUGGGACAUUGGUGGUUGAGCAUUGUUUUGAUGGCGUCUUUUUUCAAGCUUCUGUUUUUACGAACAUAGUGAGUAAAGCGCUGUUGUGUCUGGGCCUAGAGAGCUGUUUCACAUGUGGGUGGGUUGUUCUUCUAGUGUAUGGAAGGGUCCGAAUGAACAAAGUUCAAGCCACUCCACAGACUUUGAAGUUCACAGGAAUUGGCUGGCGAUAACUCACAGUUUGCCAUUGAACAAGUGGUACUAUGAGUCUACAUCAGAGUGGACCCUGGAUUAUCCACCCCUGUUUGCAUGGUUUGAGUUCCUCCUCUCACACGUCGCGGCACUUGUGGACCCUCAGAUGGUGUUGAUUAGCAAGGACCCCUAUGCCAGCACAAGAACAGUGAUAUUCCAAAGGGUCUCUGUUAUUGUGACUGAUGUCCUCCUUGCCUAUGCUGCAAAAGAGUACUGCCAGUACUUAGAAAAAGCAAGAAAAGUGUCCUUUCCUCCUCUUAAUGGCUUGGUACUCUUUCUUUUAAUUGUCUUCAAUUUUGGAUUACUUAUUGUAGACCAUAUCCAUUUUCAAUACAAUGGCUUCCUUUUUGGGAUCCUAUUGUUGUCAAUUACUAGAAUAUCAGAGGGCCGAAACCUGGAAGGCGCAUUGCUUUUUGCCACUCUUCUGAACUUUAAACACUUGUUCCUGUAUUUGGCUCCAGCCUUUUUUGUGUAUUUACUAAGAACUUACUGCUUCCGUUCAGACUCUAGCAAACCAGAACAGUUUGGAUGGCUAGGGCCAAGUCUGAGUGACUUCCACCCACUAAGGCUUUUCAAGCUUGCAGCUAUUGUCAUAAUCACCUUUGGUGCAUCGUUUGGUCCCUUUAUAAACAUGGGUCAGCUUCACCAAGUUCUCUCAAGGCUAUUUCCCUUUAAGCGGGGUUUGUGCCAUGCAUAUUGGGCUCCUAAUGCUUGGGCAUUGUAUAAUGUGCUUGACAAGGUUGUUGCUGUGGUUGGUCCAAGGGCUGGGCUGAUUACCAAAGAGGGCAUCCAAACACAGGCCUCAAUGACAGGAGGGCUGGUAGGACAGUCAGGGCAUCUGGUUCUCCCGUCCAUACCCCCCUUAGUCACCAUGGUCCUUACCCUUGUGUCUAUAAUGCCUGCCCUUCUCCACGCAUGGUACAGACCAAGUGGCACCAAGAGGUUUUUGCGGUGUCUUGUGCUCUGUGCCUACGGCUCAUUCAUGUUCGGUUGGCACGUGCACGAAAAGGCAGUUUUAAUGAUGAUUAUACCUCUAAGUUUAUUGGCAGUUCAAGAUAAGAAAGAUGCGCGCGCAUUCCUAGUGUUGUCUACCGCUGGUCAUUUGUCGCUCUUCCCUCUGCUCUUUAACCAGCAAGAAACUCCACUAAAGAUCUGUCUGAUGCUGAUGUUUACCAUUCUCUCGUUUUAUUCGUUAUGUCUUAUCCACUGCGGAAAAUCCUCCUCCAAUCAAUCAUCUGCGCGGUCAGAAAUCUUCACUCUACCAAUAGUGUCGUGGUAUGAGGCUGCGUACAUCUGCGGUCUGGCGGUAUUGGAGUUCUACUGCUCCUUGAUACACCCUCUCACCUCGCUGAGCAAAACCCUCCCCUUCCUACCCCUCCUUCUCACCUCCACGUACUGCGCUCUAGGGGUGGGGUGGUCGUGGAUGUUGUGUUAUGCGAACUCGCUGUGCUCAGGGGCAAACGUGGUGCACCAGCCAAUGGGUUCUCCCCCAGUGUCACACACGCCGCACCACCACCCCCAACAUCACCACUUGCACCAUGGGAAGAGAAAGAAGCGCUAAAGUGAUAUCAUCAUCAUCCUCGUCAGCAUCAUCUUCAUCAUCAUCUCCAGCAACAUCACAUCUUGCACCAUGGGAAGAGAAAGAAGCGCUAAACUGAUAUCAUCAUUCUCGUUAUCAUCAUCUUCAUCAUCAUCACCAGCAACAUCACAUCUUGCACCAUGGGAAUGAUAUCAUCAUCAUCUUCUUCAUCACCAGCAACAUCAUCAUCAUUCUCAUCAUUAUCACCAGCAACAUCACCACUUGCCCCAUGGGAAAAGAAAGAAGCGCUAAAGUGAUGUCACCACCAUCCUCGUCAUUCUCAUCAUCUUCUUCAUCAUCACCCCCAACAUCACCACUUGCACCAUGGGAAGAGAAAGAAGCGCUUAAGUGAUGUAAUCACCAUCCUCUUCAUUUCUAAUCAUCAUCUUCAUUAUCAUCACCCUGAACAUCACAUCUUGCACCAUGGGAAGAGAAAGAAGUGCUAAAGUAAUGUCAUAAUCAUCACCAUUCUCAUCAUCAUCAUCACCAGCAACAUCACAUCUUGCACCAUGGGAAGAGAAAGAAGCGACAAAGUGAUGUCAUAAUCAUCACCAUUUGCACCAUGGGAAGGUAAUGUCACGAUCAUCACCAUUCUCAUCAUCAUCACUUACAAAAUCACCACCUGCAUUAAGGUAGCAUCAUAAACAUCAAUUUCGUCAUCAUCUUCAGCAAUUUUACGUCAUCGUCACCCAUUAUAAAACCCGCAUCACAAGUAUAGAAAGAAGCGCUUGUGAUGCGCGAAAGAAGCACGAUGAUUAAAAUGAUGUAUACAAAUAGAAAUCUAAUAAAGUUUUAAGUAAAGCCAUGUCAUAACAA